AUGCAAACGCAUUUUGAAGAACGUGUUGCCGAAAAGUACAAUCGGGCACUUCAGCGUGGUGAACUGAGCUUUAUAGAAAGUAAAGUUGCUCAUAUAAAAGAUAAAGGAAUCGAGUUUGAAAUUCGACUUGCACCUAGUUUGGCCAAGAAAACUACCGGUAAUUUAAGGACAACAGAUGAACUGCAGAAACCUAAGGCAGAUCCUUUUUUACCCUAUAACCAAGAUUUAUUUGUGCAAGAACACGGAAAACAUAAUAUAUUAUUAAAUAAGUUUUGUGUUGUUCCCCAUCAUUUAAUAAUCGCUACUAAGG